AGAAAGUGUUGUGUACAUAAUUGUAAAGAUCAAUUUUUACCAAGACAUCGUUUUCCUAACCCCAAACAUUAUUCUGAACUUUUCAAAAGGUGGCUUAUGAUACUUAGACCGCGGAAUUACAUUAAUUAUACCGAUUUCGAGAUAUAUAUAUAUAAUACAUUUAGAGUGUGUGAAAGACAUUUUGAAGCCCACAACAUCAUUGCCGGAUCUCGAAGAGGACUAAAGUAUACAGCCAUUCCCACUUUAUAUUUAGAAGAAAUACCCUGUUCAUCCAAACAAGCAGAUGAAAUAUUGAGUUGCAGCCAGUUAAAUGUUGAACAAUUUAAUCUACAAGUCCCAGAAGAUGAAUCUCAUAAGAGUAAGCAGGAAAUGGAAGCAGAAUAUGGGAUAGAAAUAUCAGGUUCAUCGGAACAAUUCAACCAGGAAGCCCCAGAAGAUACUUUGAACAAAAGGACACAGCCAAUGGAAGUGAAUUCUGUGAGAGUGAUAAAGAAACGAAGAUUAUCUUUAUUGAAAGAUGUCGGAGUGACUCGAUCCUCUCAACUUGACCCAAGGGCCAACCUGCUCUACAAAAAGUUGACCACCUGGAGUGUGAAGAUGGCAAGGAUGGCUAGGAAAAUAACCUCCUAUAAAAUUCGUUUACAAAAAGCACAAUUAUGCAAUUCUGAAGGAUUUCAGAAGAUAAUGAGCCAAGUAAACAAUUACACACACCAAUUUAUUUUGUCACAAAUUCGGAACCAAGAACGUGCUCUGAAGUGUAGAAGGUAUACACUUGAAGACAAAAUUUUGGCAUUAUCACUGUACAAAGCCAGUGGAAAGGGAUAUAGACUAUUGUCAAAAAUUUUCGCACUUCCUCAUCCAAGGACAUUGAGCAAUCUCUACAGGAGAAUAUUAGAGGUAUGAAGAAAGACGACAAAAUCUGUAUUUUGAUGUUUGACGAAAUGUCGAUUGAUGUAAAUGUAUAUUAUAAUCGUCACAAUGAUAUUAUUGUGGGAAUUGAAGAUUUUGGUCAUAAGAGAUCUUCUAAAUUAGCAGAUCAUGUCAAUCUUUUUAU